CCUCCCUUCCCUCGGUCCCUCCCGCCCCGCCGAGCCCCAGCCGAGCCUCUCCCUCCGCCGGGCUGAGCGCAGGGAGCGGCCGCGAUCGCACCAUGAGCACCCUCAAGGUGUACAGCACGUCGGUGACCGGCUCCCGGGAGAUCAAAUCCCAACAGAGCGAAGUAACCAGAAUCCUCGAUGGGAAAAACAUCAAGUACGAGCUGGUGGAUAUCUCGCAGGACAAUGCCCUCCGGGAGGAGAUGAGGGCAAAGGCAGGCAACCCCAAAGCCAUCCCGCCCCAGAUCGUCAACGGAGACCAGUACUGUGGGGAUUACGAGCUCUUUGUGGAAGCGGUGGAGCAAAACACUCUGCAGGAGUUCCUGAAGCUGGCCUGAGCCCCGGCUCCUCUCCCUUCCUGGACUCUACCUGCAUUCCUGAGCACCCUCACCUCCGACCACCUUCACUCCCAGGUUGUCAGCGCUGUCCUGGCACCGCGACCUGUGUUCCCGGCACAGGGAAACAAACCCGUGACCAAAACUCAUUGCAGCUGCCUCCGAUUCCCUCCCGCCUAACCCCGAGAUCAUCUCAGAGGGAUCCAAAGAAAGUCUUGACGCUCGCUGCGUAUGGCCUGUGAGCGGAGCCGGGCCUGGCUCACCGCAGCUUCCAGUGCCUCUGUAAACAGCAAAGCCUCGGGGGCGUGUGAAGUGCGGGGCAGCCUUCAGCCCCCUCCUCUGCCUCGGGAGGGAAGGAAGGGCUCAGGGCUCCAUGUUACUUCCCACUUCUCCUAAUUGCUGUUAAAUUGUAAAUUCCGCUGCCUCACUUCCUUUUUUUCCUCCCCCCCCGCCUUUUCAUCUCGACUGUAGGCAUUAUGGCAACUAAGUGAUUUUUUUUUUUGUUUGUCUUAAUUUAAUGCAAAAAUACUGCACAGAGUUGGGGUCUGACCACCCACCGUGGAGGAGCUGGGGGCAAAGGCUGGGAUCUGUGGCAUCUGUGCUGCCUGGGGGGAUGGAUGGGGCUGGAAGUGAGAUCUGUGCUGUUCUGGCCACCCUCCACCAUGACCAGGGCUCCCUUGUGAGCAUUAAUAGCUCAGGGCUGCCCCAGACCAGCUGAUGCUCCAGCUGUCUGAUCUUUCCUCUUUGAGUUGGCUUUUUUGCAAUCCCAGACCAAGUGCAUUUUGUUUUCCUGCCAAAAAGCAAGUUUAUAACCAGUGUUGUCUUCCGAGAUGCUAUUAAAUGUUACUGUACCUUU